AUGGCCGAAGUUAUGGAGGACAUUAAGUUGGAAGAUAUUCCAGUCGAUGAUAUUGACUUUUCCGAUUUGGAAGCUCAGUACAGAGUUGAGGGAUCGUUGAGUUUUGACAUGUUCGCGGUUGUUGAUGGUGCUCCAAUUGCUCCAGAGUCGAAGGUUCCUGCUUUACAUAAGGUUUUGAGUAAAUUGUUUUCUCAAGCCGGUGAAAUUAAGGACAUGGAUAUUCCUGUUGAGAAUGGAAAGACCAAGGGUCACUUGUUUAUUGAAUUCGACAGCGCAGAGUCUACAAGAAGGGCAAUCAAGUUGUUCAAUGGUAAGAAGUUGGAUGUUAAGCAUAGAUUAUUUGUUAACAGUUUGAAUGACAUGGAGAAGUACUGCUCUCCUGAUUUUUCUGUUGGGUUUAAGGAGCCAAACUUGCCUCCAUACGAGCCAACUGGCUAUUUGAGGUCUUGGCUACAGGAUCCUCAAGGAAGAGACCAAUUUGUAUUGCAGAAGGGUGAAAAGACAGCUAUCUACUGGUACAGAAACCACAUGCAACCGGAAGCUGUUGUUGAGCCAAGAAAGAACUGGUCGAAUUCCAUUGUCAAGUUUUCACCACACGGUUCAUACUUGUUCUCUUUCCACGACCAGGGUAUUGCAUCUUGGGGCGGGCCUCAAUUCAGUAGGCUCAAGAGGUUUUUCCAUCCAAACGUGAAGGCAAUCUCUAUUUCUCCUACUGAGAAGUACCUUGUUACUUUCUCUCCAGAGCCAUUGGACUUACCAGGCGAGCCCAACGAGGACUGCCCGUUCGGACCUGAAUCUCAAGGCCAUCAGCUUUGUAUCUGGGAUAUUUCUACCGGUGUGUGUGUGAAGACCUUUGCUCUUCCUCCACAACAGGAACUACAAUGGCCAAUGGUGAAAUGGUCUUUCGAUGACAAGUACUGUGCUCGUAUGGGUCCAAAUGCUAUUGCUGUGUAUGAGACUGAGAAGAGCUUCCAGCUUCUAAACGGUAAGGUCAUGAAGAUUGAGGGUCUACAAGACUUCUCUUUUGCACCAAAGGGUGUUAAGUUAGCUUCCAACAGUCCAAACACGCUAUCUACCGUGAUGGCUUAUUGGACUCCAGAAACUAAUAACCAGUCCUGUAAGGCUGUUAUUAUGGAGAUGCCACACAAGAGAAUUUUGAGAACUGUUAACUUGGUUCAAGUUACUGGCGUCAGCUUCCACUGGCAAAACGAGUCAGAAUACUUGUGUGUUCAAGUAGAUCGUCAUACUAAGUCUAGAAAGACCAUUUUCACUAAUUUGGAAAUCUGUAAGCUAACAGAGCGCGAAAUUCCAUUCGAGAAGGUCGAAUUAAAGGACCGUUGUAUGAGAUUCGCAUGGGAACCAUCUAAUGAUAGAUUUGUAACAAUCUCUAAGAGCGAAAAUGUUAACGAUAACCCUGCUAUUGCCAAGAAUGUCGUUAGUUUCUAUGCUCCAGAGAAGAAGGCUGACAAGGGUAUUAUAAUAUCAAAGGGCAUUUCAGAUAUGAAGAAAUGGAAGUUAGUUAAGGCUAUUGAAGGAAAGUUCUCUAAUGAAAUCACCUGGUCACCAGCUGGUAGAUUCGUUUGUGUGGCUGCUAUCGGUAAGAUGGGAUCUAGAAACGAAAACCUUGAUUUCUACGAUUUGGACUUCCCAAGUGAGAAGAUCAUUAACUCAGCAACUGAUGUUGCUGCUACCUUAAGGGACGUCGCUCACGUUAACUAUGCAAAUGCUACCGAUUUCCAAUGGGAUUCCAGCGGUAGAUUCAUCAGUUUCUGGUCUUCUGCAUGGAAACACAAGGCUGAAAAUGGUUACAGGGUUUUCAAUCUGUGCGGUAACUUGAUCCGUGAGGAAUUGAUAACAGAGUUUAACAACUUCUUCUGGAGACCAAGACCAGAAUGCACUUUGACCAACGCCGAGAAGAAGAAGGUCAGAAAGAACUUGAAGGAAUGGGCAAGUCACUUCGAAGAACAAGAUGCUAUGGAAGCUGACAGUGCUACCAGAGAAUUGAUCUUGACGAGACGUACUUGGUUAGAAGAAUGGUCUAAGUACAGAUCCGAAACCUCUGACAGAAUCAAGUCUGAAGGUGCUUCCACAUUCGAUGUCUGGAGCUUAAAUGCAAACGAAAAAGACUUUGAAACAAUUGAGGAAAUCAAGGAAUCGAUUGUUGAGGAGUCUGUCGAGGAAGUCACCUCUUUUGACUAA